UUGACUAGUACAAUAAUUGGUAGCACAAUGAAUAGGUUAAGUUUAGCUAUUCGAAAAUUUGAACAAGCAAUUCAAAUCAUUUUUGGUCGCGGUUUUCCUCCAGGAUCACUAUGUACAGUCGAUUGCAACGGUUUCUUGAAUGAACCGAAAUCUGGAAACCAUUUCAGUAGUCUAAAAGAAAUUUUCGACAAUGGCUUUUUAUGGGCGGUCCCAAAAAAAAGACGUACUCUGGAAGCAAGAUAUAACAGAAGAUUUGGAGUAGAGAAAUAUAUAUGGAAGCCACCUAUUGCAAAAACGAAUAUAUUACUGUGUGUGAAUUGUGGUCAUCAUUACGAAGCUGGCCGUCUAUGUGGACAUUGUUACGAAAAAGUAAAACUCGAAACUAAAGAAAUGCAAGAUGCUAUUCAAAAGAAAUUAGGUCUGAGUCCAGUAGAACAAAAUGUAAUUGUAUUAUAUGAUGGAGAAAAAGAUUCUAAAACACACGAUUUUUGGAAGAAUCAAAGAAUAGUCGAGAUGCCAAAGAAAAGGCCUUCAUGGUUCCAUCAGAAUUUGCUGGAACCAACAUCACAGGAACCAUCGGAUAGAAAGGAUGUUAAACCUACCAAUCUUUCGUAAAGUGCAUUUGAAAUCAGGUUUAAUCUUUUAUAGUCAAAAAAGCUUAGAUUACAAAUCUGAAGAAUACAUCCAUUGAGAAAUGGGUUAA